AUGGUAGCGCUAGAUAUACGCCUGGCUCCACUUAUCAACUCGCCUGAACGUGAGGAUUUAUGGCGAACUAUGCCACAGUGUUUUAAAUAUUCAUUUGGAAACAAAACUACUGUGAUUAUUGAUUGUUUCGAAGUAUUUAUUAAUAGACCAUCAAAUCUGCUCGCAAGAGCACAGACAUGGUCAUCAUACAAACACCAUAACACUGUUAAGGUGCUGAUUGGGAUAACUCCACAAGGUACAAUCUCCUAUGUUUCCCAAGCUUGGGGAGGACGAACAUCAGACAAAUAUUUAACUGAGAACUGUGGAAUUUUAAAUAAGUUGUUGCCUGGGGAUCUGGUCUCGGCUGACUGUGGUUUCACCAUCGCAGAGAGUGUUAUGUUUCAGCAAGCACAACUAGCCAUCCCUGCUUUCACAAAGGGAAAAGACCAGCUUGACCCUGUGGAUGUUGAAAAAACUAAGGGGAUCGCAAAUGUUCGCAUUCAUGUCGAAAGGGUUAUUGGCCUCCUUCGCCGAAAGUACUCGAUAUUGUCUGGAAUUCUGCCAAUUGAUUUCUUAAUUUCCAAACCUGGUGGCUCUCAGGAAGAAGCAACACCAGUGAUUGACAGGAUUAUUAAUGUAUCUGCAGCUCUUGUUAAUUUGCGCCCAGGCACAUUACCACUUGACUGA